CUUUUUUUUAUUGAAUUUCUAUCGACGUUGUAGUUUGGCUGCGUGAGGCGGGAAGGGCGUGAUCGCAUCUGCUGAGUUACGUGCUUGGUCGGUUCUGGGCCUCGGCAACUUUUUUUUUGUUGGGUAUUUGGUUCUCUGUUGAGGUUUGUUAUUCUGGGUAUCUGGAAUUUGAUCGUGUGUGCGCUGUUUAAAGUUGCGGGUUUUCCUUCGGCUUUGGUUUCGUUGAAUGGGUUCGCAUAUUGGGGAUGAAGUUGUUCUUGCUUUAUGUAUCCCGCCUUUCGGAGGUAGGAGUUUGUGCUGUGUAGGAGAAAUUUCACAUAUUGUAUCUGUCCUGCUGUUUGGUGCUGGCUUGAAUGGACUGUGCAGUCCAUCUCGGACAUCUUUUAAGUGGAGGCACUGUGAGAGCUAAAUUAGAGUCCGGAGUGACAUCUCUGCCUAUGGAGGCACAGCGUCUGUCUGUUGAUUCAGAGUCAGUUACUAGUGAGAAUUUGGUGAAUGAACUGGGAACUGCUUUUGACGGUUGCCUACGCAUUCAAAAUGCUCAUGAAUGUGAAAGCUCUUCCAAUGGGGUUGAUCUGAGUGAUGAUGAGGAUGCUGAUGAGCUCGAGGAGUAUAGACGAUCAGAUCAAAAAAAUUUGGACAAUGUAAUCCGGCCUUCUCCAAGCAAGCUUAUGUCUCCACGUAUAUCUUCUGAUGAAGAGGAUGAGGAAGAGCGACCAAACUUAGAAUUGCAAGAACUCUGUUCUGAAGAAGUUGUGGAUAAUGCCGUUGGAUGCUCAGUGUCCUCGCCUGCUCCUCUAGAGCUGGUAUCUGCCUUUAAAGGUAGUCGCGAGAAACAAGGGGGAGCUCCGGGGAAGCUCACAGUUACGUGGGCUCCUGAUGUUUAUGAUCCACGUCCAACACAACUAUUAGAUAUAGUUACCCGAGGGACAAAGCAGAAAAAGGUUCCCAAGAAAGAGAAAGUAGGCGUAAAGGAAGGCCAGAGGGGCAAAGAAACCACACGAGGUGCUGGUGGAGGUAGAGACUCUUUACGAGGGGGCAGCAGCAGCAAGGACAAGAGAAAGAAGCAGAAUCAUAGAACCGGGAAAUCUGGUAGGUCGUAUAGUUUUGUGGAUGACAAUGGAUCAGAUAACUAUUCCUACUGAUGGUGGCAAAAUUUACUUGAAAGCUGAGAUGAGUAUGGUUGUCUAGGGAGGAAAAAUUAGUUACUCUUCUCCAUCUUUUCAGUUAGUUAGGAGGCUGAGGAACAGGAAAAUAUAUCGCAGGGUUAAAUUUUUUGGGGCAUAAUUUUAUAAACUUUUAGUUUGAUAUGCUGGGAAACAUUUUCCUGACUGGACGGGCUCUAGUUGAGUAAAUAUUAUAGUUCUUCAAAAUUUAGCGGAGCCCCUCCUGUCCUGGGGAGCUGCCCUUGUACAUAUUUUUGCAUCUCUGCGCUUUCUUGGUGCCGGCUAAUGAAAAUAGGAAGGAAAGAUCUUCUUGGUGUU